AUGACCACGACGACUGGCUCUGAUCAAGAGGUUCCUUACAUCGAAACAGCGCCACCUACAGAGCAAGAAGGACACCAGAAAAUAGAUAAAGAAGAAAAUAUACAAAGUGGAAAACUUCAAGUCAAGACCACGGAAUUGGUCCAGGUGUCCGAAGAGCUGUUCCAGGACUUAAGCCAGAUGCAAGAGGCGUGGUUAGCGGAGGCUAGUCACUCAGACCAAGAGAGAGAACAGUUUGUCCCCGGGUACUCAUCCGUAGCCAAAUCGUCCGUAAAUGGAGUCAGUGGAUGCCUUAAGGUAAAGCCAGAGUUGAAGACCGGCAGUAACAGCUGUUGUAAGUCCACAAAUCCACAAUGUUGUCACAAACCUUCGCUAUCAAAGUUUGAGUUUGGGGAGCGGAGUUUUGUCAAUGGCUCGUAUGAACAGACCCCAUCACCCACCGAGUCAGUGUGUUCCUCCACCUCAGGAAAAGAGUCCGGCUCUACACUGUCAUCAUCAGGCUCGUGUAGUAAGGAGUCGGUGUGCUUCUCACCACCCACAGAAGCAAGCUGUACCUACUUUAGUCACACAUCCAGGUUACACAGAACAGAUCCAGAGCGAGGCUACAUUUCUUCGGAACCUCAGUCUGGUUACUCACACCUUGUGUCUUCGUCCUAUGCCCAUCAUUUUUUCAAACAAGAACAUCACGAUCGCAGCUAUGACAUGGCCACCAUCACCAGGAAUCAUGGAUACCCACAAACCCCAUGUGUUCCGCCCCCACCCAUGCAUAUAAAACAGGAGCCAAGAGAACUGUCUUUUGACAAUGGGUUCCCUUGUCCCUACGACAAUAGCAUGCGCUUCUUUUGUCACGAGGCUCCAGACUCCGCCUACUUUGAACGAAUUCGAGAAAAACAUCGGGAAAGAUUUGAAGGUAUGGAAAUGAAAGCAGAGUUCUACAGAGAUUUUUAUCUGGACCGUUACCAUAGAGACGGUCCCCACCCGACCUAUCAACGAAGAGGAUCCCUCCAGCUGUGGCAGUUCCUUGUGGUUCUAUUGGAUGAUCCCUCAAACUCCACCUUUAUCUCCUGGACAGGGCGGGGCUUAGAAUUUAAAUUGAUUGACCCAGAAGAGGUUGCCAGACGAUGGGGCUUGCAAAAAAAUCGCCCCGCUAUGAAUUAUGACAAACUGAGUCGAUCACUGCGCUACUAUUACGAGAAGGGCAUCAUGCAGAAGGUGGCCGGCGAGAGGUAUGUGUACAAGUUUGUGUGUGACCCAGAGGCACUGUUUUCCAUGGCAUUUCCUGACAACCAUCGCCCAAUACUUAAAACAGACUGUUCCCGCGAAGAGUUUUUCCGUGAUGCUGGGAACCAAGCACUAGAUGGACAACCAUUAGCGAUCACUGCCUCCAAUGGACCAACAGGUCAUAUGACAAAUAUGGCUACCAGCCACAUGAACCCUGGACAUUUUCCAUCAGGUCACAUGACCCCCACACAUAGUUUAGCAAUGUUGUCUCCCCCUGUUCACUCAACGAGUGUUCAGUCUCCGGAGCAGCACAGAUUUCUACAAGAAAUGCAACGCAUGUAUAGUUCAGGGCCCUACAUGGACAAUUGUGUCUACUGA